UCACUUUCCUCGUUCCAUCUCCCUUACCUGACUGCUGUCUAUGUUUGAUGGCUGCACUUUAUCUUAUGCCUGAAUAAAUGGGACAAGCUUUCGCAACCCUGGUGGUUUGCCUCUCCAAAUAAAUCCCACACACAUUUUACAACAUUUGCCCAUACCAUCAAUCCUACUAAUGUUUUCUCGUAUCCUUAGUUUUGGGUUUGUUAUUAGUUAUUGUGCUUGCAAGCUGAGAAAAACUUGAGCAAAAUUCAACAAAGAUCAGCUGUUCUGGAUAUGUGAAUUUGCAGACCAAGAUGGUAUCUUUCAGUGGGUUAGGUCUUGGUUUAAGCCUGGUCUUCGGUUGCUUUCUUUUAGCCCUUGUUGCAGAGCUAUUCUACUUGCUAUGGUGGAAGAAAAGAGUCACCAACAGAAAAGUUGAAGAAGAGGAUGAUUAUAGCAGCAGCUAUGCUAAGGAGUUCUUUCAUCUUAUUUGCUGGAAGAAAGCCUCCUCUUUAAGAAGCAACAUUACUCAAGAUGGUGUGAGAGAGCCAGAAGGCCCUCGCCAAGAACCAGACCUGGAACUAGGCACAAACAAAGAUUUGCUUAUAAAAACACUUGGUGAAGAAAGUGUGGAAUCUGAGAUCAUGAGGCUGCACAAUCUCUGUGGUCCACCACGAUUUCUCUUCACCAUAAAAGAGGAAACGAAGGAGGAUUUGGAGUCGGAUGAUGGGAAGACUAGAGGUGGUAGGAGCAGAGAAGGAUCGAGGACAAGAAGCUUGAGUGAUAUUAUGGUGACUAUUGACACCCCAUCAUUCCAUACUCCUUUGGCUUCUCCACGUUUUAAAUCCCCUCCCUUCAAUGUUUUUGAUUCUUAUCAUCACCAUGGAUUCAAUCCACUCUUUGAAUCAUCAGUGGAAGCAGAGCUUAGCCGGUUGAGAUCUUCCCCGCCUCCAAAAUUCAAGUUCUUGAGGGACGCAGAGGAAAAACUGUUUAGAAGGUUAAUAGAAGAGGCUGAAAGAAGGGCAUCUAAGAAUUGUGUUCCUGUUCAAGAUUUAUCAGAGAUUAAAGGACCCGAUUCAACCAUGAUAACAGAAGAGAGAGAAGGGUCUUUUUUAGGCUUUAAUGUUGACAAGAACAAAGAAAGUGAACUUCUAUAUCAUCUACCACAGAAUCAUUCAAGCUCUUCUCAGGUACUCCCACUGGCUUCUUCCCCUACAACAUUCAGACCCCUAGACAAGAUGCCCAUUAUGCAUUAAUUUAAUUUCUUUAAAUUGACAUGAAAUGAGGCUUAGUUAUUGUUUUUUUAGUACUUGCCAGUUUUCUUUUCAAAGUGCAUAUCUGUGUACAAAUAUUUUUUGUGUUCAUAUUUCAUUUGGAUUGUCCACAAA